AUGGCCAAUCGCACGCGCACCGACAUCACUCUGACCUGGACCAUGCGGACGAUUGACAGGCGGCUCUACCUGCUGCUUUUAGUGGCAAGACUCGCGCCAGCAAUCAGCGCGCUAUGGUCUAUCUCGAGAGCGGCGCUCUGGCAUUUCUUCACCCCACUGAUCCCGUACCUGCCGGGCUCUCGUUUUUUACUUCACGCCGAACUCGUCUCGAUCCUGGUGCUCUGGGCGGCGCUCGUUUUCCACGGAGGCAACUCGCAGCUUCCCGGGUUAUCCGGUCCAGUUCUCACUCGGGCACAGCUUCGACACCCCACGGCCAACGUCUUCAUCCUCGGCGUGUCUCGAAAAGGCGUCUUAUUACGCGUCCCUUUCCACGAGACCACCGGCUGGGUGCUCCACGAGCUUCAGCGCCGGCACUUGGUCCCACAACGAGCGGAUGGUUCCCGGGUGGGGCUGUACAUGCUCCUUUCGCCCAGCAGCGGUGGACUCCCGGUCCCGCUUCAUCCGUUCCAGCAAUUGGAUCUCGCCGGGAUGGACAAUAACUCGACUAUCGAGGUGCGAAUGGCACUACUUGGCGGCGCUCGAUCGAAGUCAAUCAAGCACCAGCCCGGACAUCGGUACUUCUGCCCUGGCUGUAACGCCGGGUUCCGUCAAUUCGGACAUCUCAAGACCCACCGCACCAUGACCACGAAGCCCAAUUGUAAAGUGGACGUCGUGGCGGACGAGCAGCGUAUAGCCAAGGAGGCCGCGGUCACCGCGCACUUAGCAAAGAUUGCGGGUCCUUCUCGCGCCCCAUCCACGCCAUCCACGCCAUCCACCUCUACCGGCCACCCAUCCGAUCAAUCCACCCCAUCCGCCUCUACCAGUCACCCUCCCGAGCACGCCAUGGACGUCGAUCCACCGCCCGCAACACCGCCACCGCCGGAGUUCAUGGAGGUCGAUGAUGACGAGUCUCAAUCUCUGCCGCCUCUGGUCGUGCCACCUAUGGGCGUGGAGGGGGAUGAAGGCGAUGAUGAACUUGCAUGGGGCGAAGAGGACGAGGUGCUAGUUCGUGCGGAAUUGGAAAGGCAGGGUCAAGGGAAGGGAGGAGUUGAGGAGGAGGAACAAGAGGAGGAUGAGGAGGAAGAGGAGGAGGAGCGGCAAAGAGAGCGGGACCCUGUGAACGACGACGGGCAAGAUCUCGGUGGAGAGAACGCCGGAGAGGUGGACCUCAUACGCCAGAUGAUCGACAUGUUUGGGUUGGGGGAUGCUCUCGACGACCCUUUACCGCCACUAGACGCUGAGCAACCGCCACCCGAGGACGUGCCACCGCCUCCCCCACCUCCCGACAACGAUCAAGAUACCGAUGCGCAACAAUCGCCCGAGCCUGAGCCGCAGCCACAGCCCGAAGAUCAGCCCGAAGAAGAUCAGCACGAAGAAGAUCAAGGCGCGGGUGAUGCGCCGCCACCGCCAGCUCCCAAGCGCCGCAUAGUGAAUUAUGGUGGCAGGGCGGGAGAGGCGAUCAAUGCCGAUGACGGACCGGGAGAACCGUACGCGGACUACGAGUCCCAACUGGCAGAUGGCGCUUCCCCCACCAACGCGUACCAUCCCUUCGCGACGAAGAUGGAUUGGGAUUUGGCGGCGUGGGCAAAGGGGCACAACAUUGGGUCUAAUGCGUUGACAGAUCUGCUGAAGAUCGACAACGUACGUUCAUUGUUCUUUGACCCCUGCAAACACCUACUCAACUUUGCGCAGUUCACGGACCUAUUGAAGCUGCAGUUCCGCUCGAGCGCACAGCUUCACAAGAUCAUGGACGAAGAACUGCCGCGGCGCCCGGACUUCCUGAGGCACACAUAUGAGUUGGGCGGGGAGAAGCUCGAGAUGUAUGCGCGCGAUUCUCUUGAGGUCCUACGCGAUCUCUAUUCCCGGCCCGAUUUCGCCAGCGCCAUGGUGUAUGCUCCGGUCAAGCAUUUCACCGUUGUCACCACCGCUACAGGAGUUAUUGAGGAGCGGGCAUAUUCGGAUAUGCACACCGCGCGAUGGUGGUGGCGCCUUCAGGACACGCUCGAAAAGGAGAAACCCGGCGCGACCAUCAUUCCAUUGAUCGUGUCCUCCGACAAGACCCAACUGACGCUGUUCCGGAACCGCUCGUGCUACCCCGUCUACCUCACGAUCGGCAACAUACCGAAGGAUAUCCGCCGCAAGACUUCCUUGCAAGGGCAAGUCCUACUCGGAUAUCUCCCAGUCACGCGCCUCGCCGGGAUCAAGAGGGACGACGUUCGUCGACGAGCGCAGGCGGGCUUGUUCCACGACUGCCUCCGGGACAUCCUAAAGCCGCUGCGAGACGUAGCCAAGGACGGUGUGGUGCUCGCAUCUGGCGACGGUGUUCAACGGCGCUGCCAUCCAAUCCUGGCUGCAUACGUCGGCGAUUACCCGGAGCAAGUCCUGGUCGCGGGCGUCAAGUACGGUACAUGCCCUAAAGGGACUCUGGACCCUUCGUUGUUCGGUACGCGACAGGCCUGCGAGCUCAGGGAUCUGGCCGAGAUCGCCGACGCGCUGGCGCUAGCCGACCAACCAGAGGACGGAGACGUCGUCGCAUACGUUCAAGCUUGCCAGGACGCCGGUAUCAAGCCGAUCCAGCCAUUCUGGAAGGACUAUCCCCACGUCGACAUCUAUAGCUCGCUGCCGCCGGAUAUCCUGCACCAGCUGUACCAAGGCGUCGUCAAACACAUGAUCAGUUGGCUGAAGCAUGUUUACGGCGCCAAGGUCAUCGACGCGCGCUUCAAGUGUCUGCCGGCGAAUCACCAACUUCGGCAGUUCAGCAAAGGGAUCUCGGGCAUGUCGCGCGUAUCUGGCACGGAGCAUCAAGACAUCUGUCGCGUGAUGCUGGGGGUCAUCAUCGACACGCCGCUGCCGCACAACUACUCGAGGAAACGCAUGUACAACUGCGUGCGCGGACUCCUGGACUUCGUGUACAUCGCCCAACUACCCGAGGCAACGGAUUCCAGACUCGAGUCCCUGAGGGCGGCGCUCAAGCGCUUCCACCUCAACAAAUCGAUAUUCAAGGAUCUCGGCGCCCGAAAACACUUCAAUCUGCCCAAGAUACACGCGCUCUUCCACUACUUCGAGUCUGCGAGGCUUCUGGGGACUGCGGACAACUUCAAUACCUCCUACUCCGAACGCUUGCACAUCGACUACGCGAAACUGGCCUGGCGCGCUACGAAUCGGAAGGACGAGUAUCCGCAGAUGACGCUAUGGUUGCAGCGCCGAGAGCAGAUGCGCGCCCAUCAGGCCUACAUCGAUUGGCGCUCGCAAGGCCGACCUUCCAUCCAGAACAUGGCGCGAGCGCCUCUUCCCCGCGCACCCAAGCUCAAGAGGACGAUCGCGCGCUACCCCAACGUACCGUCUUUAUCGUUCGCGAAGGCCGAGCUCCUGUAUGGCGCCGAGGACUUUGAGGCGGUUCUCAAGGAGUGGAUCAUCAAGGCGUUGAAUCCCACUGCGUCCGAUCAACACGUCGCGCAGAUUGCCCGUAAUUGGAUUCCGCCUUUCCGGUCCGUCAGCGCUUACCACCGGAUGAAGUUCUGGCACGGAGACGCCCAAGAACGCGAGGGAGAAAUGGUUCAAGAGAUACCGGACUCGAUCUCGGCGCGGCCGGCGUAUCACGAUACGCAACGGAGGAAGGUGACGGGGCGUUUCAAUACGGCGUUGAUCAAUGAGUACGGCGAAGGGAAGCAUUUGGGCGUCACAGGUUAUCGCGUUGGACAAGUUCGGCUCAUAUUCAGCCUUUCCGAGAAGGCCAGGGAGCGCGUAUUUGGCGCUCGAGCCGCCAAUAUCCCAACCCACCUUGCAUAUAUCGAAUGGUUCUCCUCCUUCAAGAACAGGCCGGAGAAAGACAUCGAUUUAUAUCACAUCAGGCGCGAAGUCAUCCAGCAAGAACGCCUGGUAUCCAUCCUCCCCAUCGAGCGCAUUCGUCGCAGCGUCUCCCUAUUCCCGCGCCUCGGCACCGCCAUCGACCCCUUCUGGACUGCCGACAACGUUCUUGAGGUAUGUGAACACUUUUUCGUUAACUGUUUCUCGGACAAGCACGCCUAUGUAACGAUUAUAUAG